GAGGCUCCUGAGGAACCUGCUCCUGCUUUUCACGGCUGCUGGUGCGGGGUUUUGGCCGGGAGAAGAGUCCCGGGUGGUGACACCGGGGCAGCUCCUCCGGCCCCGGGGCGGGGUGGGGAAGGAGGGAGGCGGCCGGGGCGGUGCGUACGGGCUCGCCCGCACCUGCUCCCUCCUCCUCCUCCUCCUCUUCCUCCUCCUCUCCUUCCUCCUCCUCCUCGCCCACCUGGCCGCGGCUCAGCCGUCCCCGCUCGGCGGCACCGGCACCAUGCUGCCCAGGGGAGCCUCGUCCAUGCCGCCUCCUCCCAACCCCGCCGCCUACUUCCCGCCCCCCCGGGUCACUCUGCCCUCGGGGCUGGAGAUCCUGCGCACCUACUCGGGAGCCUUCAUCUUCCUGGAGAUCCUGUUUGGAACAAUAGUCUGGAUUUUGGUAGCAUCUACAAAAGUUCCACUGCCACUGCUGCAGGGAUGGGUAAUGUUCGUAGCGGUGACUGCGUGGUUCCUCUCCAUCGUGUUCCUGUGCGUGUUCCUCUUCGGUUAUGCAAAUAGAAUUGCCGUCAACUGGAACCAGACAGACUUUCUUUUCCACGGGGCUACUUUUGUCUUUUAUUUUGGAGCUUUUCUACUGCAAGCAGCAACUACUUCUCUGCAUUACUUCCCCCGCAAAUUCAACUCCACCACACACGAGAAGAUUCUAGCUGAUCAUGAAUAUAACAUAAGCAUAGCAGCCUCGAUUUUUGCCUUUGCAACAGCUGUUUGUUAUGGUUGCAGCACAGCCAUGGCGUUAAGGAGAUGGAAGCUAUAGCGGUUGAAGAGACUUUAAUGCCUGAGUGCUCCACUUCAGAUCAAAUUAACUACUACUUGUCUGUUUUACUGUAAUGUAAUUCCAAAAAAGACUUUUUUGCUUAAAAUCUGUUUUCAACUGCUGAAAUGCAAAUAACCCCUAAUCAGGAUUUCCUUAACAGAAGACAUGUUUCUGUCUCUUCCUUUUUUAGUUUUUACUUUUAUUGGGUCCUCAUUAGAAACGUUAUUCACUGAAUAGUAUUAGAGAGUUCAGGGAUAAACAGAUAUCAUGAGCAGAUAGCAGAAUUUUAGUGCUAAACCAGAAGAGCAGGAAGAAAGCUGAAACUAAACAGACAUGUUACCUGCACAGGCAGCUAAGAAGCUCCCCCUUUGUUAAGUCCUGGGACUGGGCUUUCAGUGCUUUGCAGCAUUACAGUGCGCUCCACACAGGUGGGCAUUGAGGCUCCUGGUGGAGUCACUGGUCUUGUGUGUGCAGCUCUCUGCAUCAUCAGAGCCCAAGCUGACUUUGCGGUAUCAGCUUAGUAUAAAUUAUUAACUUUGUACAGAUGAAAUAUUUUAAAUAUCCAUGCAGUGCAAUCUUUUGGUAUUAUCUUACAACCAUAUUCAGCUAUGGUGAUCUGAUCCUCUAAAGCUUCUUGUGUUCUUUUGUAGAUGGAAAGUGUCUGGGAGUGCCAGACAGUAGUUCAUUAGUUUUAGGCAUUUAGCUCAAUCAGAUCUAUUUAUACUGCAAAACAAACAGUGCAUUUGUGUUGUGUGUAUAUAGGUGAUAUAAUUUUGUUUAACAGGAAUAUUUGCACUGUUUUACUUUGUUGAAGUACGGCUGUGGUUUUGUUACUUCAAGUGCUGCAUUUGUUACUUAAUUAUGUGAGUCAACUUCAUUUGAAUGGAAUGUUACCAAAUGGUGAAUAUUGUCUGACCUCAAUUCAUGCAGUGCGCUAUUUGUUACAUCUUAAACCUGCGGUGUUGUAAAGGUGUUUUUAUUUGGAGAGAUGCCUAUGCAACAUCUUGCUGAAAGCAGUGGAAUGCAAAGCAGUCCACCCAUGAGGGAGUUUGCUUUUGGCAGGAAUGAAGUUUAAUUGAGCCUCCUUUGAAUAUCCCAGUUGUAUAAUGACAUGCAAUGUUAUAAAUACAAAGUUAACGAAACGAUAGUGUUGCACUCUGUUCCUUAACACUCAUCCUUUUUGGCAGAUGGCAAAACUUCUUUUUUUUUUUUUUUUUAUAAUGCUAGUAAAUAUUUUUUUUUUUUGCUCUUGUGAAUAGUGCCAAAUUGAUAAUGUGGGAACGUAAAGGUUCUCUGUCAUUCAAGAACAACUUGCUCACUGCAUCUUGCCAGUGCACCUUACAAUUCUACAAAGACCAGCGGCGGUUGGGUAAGGGAAGACAGGACUUCCCUCAUUCCUGGGCCUACUCAAUCUCCUUGAACCAACAAAAGUAUCUGCUCUGAAGGUCACUUUGCCAAAUUUGCCAGGAACAAGGAUCUCUGAAAGCCAGCCACCAUCAGUGGAGCCCUUCAGUCUGUGCUGAUCCAGGACAGAGAUUUUUAUCGGUGACACGGCAGUGAGCAGCCGCCCUUCUGACUACUGGGACCACCUCCUAAAAUAUUGCAAUGGGAUGGAUUUGUGUAUCUUUUCUGAAACUUUUAUCUUCCAAAGAUUUUAUACUCUGCCUGAUUAUUUUUUUUUCUAAUCCUCUACUUGCGUUAAAACUUGUUUUGUGAAUGUUUUACCUAGAGCCAUAUACUUUUAAAACACUUCAUAUUGUAUAAAAUACAUUUACACUGGAGUAUAUGGAUGAAAAUGUUUAACGGACUUAUGCUAAGCAGCAUUAAAGUUACUUAAUACGUUUAUGGCA